GCCUCGCCAUCCAGAACGUCACCGCGGCGAGGUUGAAUUCAAAUGGUCAUCUCCUGCUAGCUCUGCGCAGUCAUCGGGGGCCAAUAAAGCUGGUGUCAUUCGGCGAAUUGGUCAACGGCGAUUCACCCCCAAGAGAGCUGGACGGGCCGACCUUAAUUCUCAUUCCUCGUUGUUCCUCCCUCUUUUUUGUUGCCGGUUUUGGGGUUGCUUCGGUUCAUCAAGCUCGCUAGCUACUGUGCCUAGCUGCUCACCUCAGUUAGCUAGAGGUUUAUUAAGCGAUCGUCUUGCGGCGCAAGUCUGACAAGGAAGAGCCUCGACUACGAGAAUAUUGUGUUGACUCUAAACGAAAGACAACAUUCCUACUGGUCUUCAUUGUCAGUCCUUGGAGGAAUCCCCUCCACCAGUCCACCACCAUGUCGCACCCACCCUCAACACCGGCCAAGGUGCCCGCCUCGGCAACGACUUACACCCCUGCGACACUGGACGCACAGCUGCGCUCACACAUUAAUUCUCUGUUAAUAUCAGAAGGACACAUUGAAAAAAUCCAGGACCACCUCCUCCAUGCCCUCAACGCCGAUAAGUCCAACUGGCCGUCUGCCGUGCAAUCCCACGCCCUGCAACUCCUCCGAUCAGGCGAAGUCUCCACAUUCCCAGCGCUGAUCCGGCGCGUGCUCGAGGACGUGCGGCAUGAGACGCAACAAGUGACCACGGCUGCGGCUGAAUCAACAGCAAACACCACUAAAAACGGCGAGGUGAACGGCAACGGCACAAACGGAACUACGAAGAAGGUUUCAGCGGCUGUUAAUGGUGUCGGUGGUAACAACUCGGUGGCAGGAGUAGACGGUAGUCUAGCCAUGCCGGCUGCUGUCGUGGAGGACAUCCUCAAGGUGACGAGGGAGAGUCUGGAGGCUGUGUGUACGAUUGACGAUGGGACUUAGUUGGUCCGGCCGGAAGGAGUAUGGAGCAGAGGGGUUGCUGAAUAAAGAUCAAGCAGUACUGCCGUCAUAAAGAUCAUGGAGACGGGAAGGAUGCUGGGCUGCCCACACAGACUGAGACAGCCAUGGGAUCGGGUGAAGAAAAGACAAGAGAAGACAAAGAACAAAGUACGGCAUCAAGGCGUAUGGCGUUCACUACACUGCUACUGUGGUUUUUCGAUACUGGACAUGGGGGGAGGAGAGUAAUUUCAUUGGCGGCACCAAUUACACAUUUUCAGGUCGAGUACUAAUACCACAUAAGGUCAGAAUUGCAUGACAGACAGUCUGAAGGGUACUGUUUGAGUUGCUAUGCGCAGGGGUAGAUAGACAUUUUGUGACCAAUCAAUCCUCUUCCUAACCAUUUUGGUCUGUUUUCGAUUCUUCAAGUUCUACCACUCCCCAUCUUGCGAGGUGUAUUGUUGUCGUUGAAUACCAAUAACC